GCAUAUCGACUUUAAACAUUCACCUACAUUCAUUGAAUAAUCUAUGGAAAGAGCAGUACAAGGAUUUUUGUGAUAACGUUUUAUAAACAUUUACACUCGGUUAAAAUAUACAACUUACUUCUAUCUCACUUGUGAUCUCGCCGAGGAUUUCACGCUAGAUGAAGCGUCGUUGAACGCGAAUACAUACGAGACGACACGACGCGUUUGGCCAAAAAAAUGGCAUUAAUUAGGAGAUCCUCUCACGCUGGUAGUUGGUACUCUGACAAUGGUUCAGAAUUGAGUAAACAGUUGGAAGGUUGGUUAAGCGCUGCUGAUUUAUCCCAUGGACCCGCGAGAGCCAUCAUUGCCCCUCAUGCAGGAUACAGCUAUUGUGGAGCAUGUGCUGGUUUUGCUUAUCGACAAAUUAGUCCUGUAGUUGUCCGUAGGAUAUUUAUUCUAGGGCCUUCUCAUCAUGUGAGAUUACCAGGUUGUGCCCUAUCUUCGGCUUCCAUUUACCGAACACCGUUAUAUGAUCUACUUAUUGAUCAACAAGUGAGAAGAGAACUUGAAGAAACUGGUCAUUUUGAAUGCAUGGAUUUGAACACAGAUGAAGAAGAACAUAGCAUUGAGAUGCAAUUGCCGUUUAUUGCUAAAGUUAUGGAAGGAUUCAAAGACUCAUUUACUGUAAUCCCAAUUUUGGUGGGAUCUUUGAGUCCGGAAAGAGAGGCGCUUUACGGGAGAUUGUUAGCGCCCUACAUGGCUGAUCCGCAAACAUUGUUCGUCAUUUCUUCAGAUUUCUGUCACUGGGGACAACGUUUUCGCUAUACUUAUUAUGAUAGAUCAUGUGGACCUAUACAUAGAUCUAUUCAAAAUCUCGACAAAAUGGGUAUGGACAUUAUAGAGACUUUGAAUCCUCUAAUGUUCACCGAAUAUCUUAAGAAAUAUGGCAAUACUAUAUGUGGCCGACAUCCAAUUGGCGUUUUGUUGCAGGCAAUUCACAGUCUUAAAGGAAAUACAAAUGGUCAAAGAAUGAAUCUGAAAUUUUUGAAAUAUGCUCAAAGUAGUCAAUGUAACAAUAUGAAUGACAGUUCUGUCAGUUAUGCUAGUGCUUCCUUAGUUCUUGAGUGAUAAAACUAUACACAAUAUCAAAUAUGGUCAUUGGUCAGUUCGCUGAUUAUAGGCAUUUUCUUAAAGUGGAAUGAUGUUUAACAGUAAGAUGAUUUAACAGUAAAAACUUCUAUAAAUUAUUAUAAACGAGACUAGGUUGAACGUUGAGAUUUUAUAAUGCAAAAGGAGACACUGAAUUUAACUACUGUAACUUCUAAUAUUAUUUGUAUAAUAUGACUAUUAUGCGAUGGGUGUUGGGACAAAUAUUAAUUCUUGCGCUAUAUGUUAACAGAUAGAAAUGUACUAUUACCGAAACUUUUUAUAUAACUGCGUUUCGGUUUAUUACUUACAAGAGAUAUUCAGUACUUCCAGAUUUCAAUGGGAAGGAGCUUAAAUAUUUCUUUGCUUUGAUUUUUGAUAAAACUAUUUUAGAAUUAACAGCGAAGUGUGUUUCUUGCAUGUGCACUUUUGAGUAAGCAGAUUUCAAACUAUUGGCAAAGAAGAGAAUAUUGUUUAUUGGCACUUACAAAUUAGAUACUUUUUAUAUAUAUAAUUAGAGAGAUGUAUUAAAACUGUUAAUUUGUACCUAAAUUUAUAUUUUAAAUGUAC